CUUGCUCACACCGAUGAUCUCCAGGGGGGAAAACGAAAUGAAACCCAUGAACCGAGUAGAGAGCCCCCAUCCCACUGAUCCCAGAGCCUGGGGCAGACAAGCCACGCCAAAGCGGAAGGUCGUACAAAGACGCAGAGCCAAAAAAGCCAGACCAGGGGACCGAACUUGCACCGCGCACGCAAGCAACGCCCAGCGCCAGGCGUUGUCUUGCUACGUACGGACUACGUUAGUAGCUGCCACGGCGGCGCGCCCCAGGCUAGCGAGCGAAACGGGGAAACGGCCCCGGUUGCUGGGGUUGGGAGGAGGAGGACGACGACGAAGAGGGUAUCCUGGAAGCCAUCCCGGGAGCUUCACGGGGCUCUCGGACAUGCCCCUAUCGUGGGUUGGGGACGGAGACGGGCUCCCCUUCCAACGGCUCGGGGCCUGCAUGAGGGACCAGCGGCCGGAGCCAGCAUCGACAUGACAGACUUGCUUCCCACAUGCCGAAUGCGGAUGUUGGAAACUCCAUUGACCUGGGUACCGAGAACCAUGAUGGAUGGCUUCUGUCUCGUGUAUGUCUGCCAUCAGGGGGCAUCACGUUCGAUAAGACAGCCUCCCCCACGCUCCAUCUCUCAAAGUCGACCAACCCAUCCAGCACGUCCAAAACAUCCCACGCACGAUUCCAUUCCACUGCCGCGCCGACCUCCCUCUGCGGACCCAAACCACCACAACCCGCCCCCGGCCAUGAUGGCAUCGGGGCUAACUAUCCUGUACUUCGCGCCCUGUACUCGCGCCCUGUCCCGCCCCCGUCGGACCUUUCUCCAGCCCGUCGUUUGUUCGCUUUUUCGCUUGGUUGCCCAUCACCCUCGUCGCCCGGUUCGCCAUGCCCGGUCGCGACAUCGGUUGCCAGCCGGACCACGACUUGACGUCGGCAGGGUAAGAAAGACGGGUGUAACCCCCGGUCUGGCAGAUGGAGGCUGCGUGGGUUUGGUUUGAGCGUACUACGUACUAUGUAAGGCGAGGGCGAGGGCCGAGUUGCUCCCCAAGUACCGCUGCUCGGCGUAUGCUGCCGGUCUUCCAGCUUGGGAUACACACACUUUCCCAACAUGACGACGUGGACUCAUGCUUUGCGCUGGCGCGGGCAACGGCGGACCACCGAACUUACAGACGUGGGCACGUAGAAACCGGAGACGCAGCGACCCGGCGCCUCAAGACAAAGCAGCCCGUUUCACUACCGGGCUCUGAACGCACAACCCCAAUCUCCAGUGUCCUAUCGCACCUAGUCUGUUUCACCAACUCAGCCCGGGUCAACAACAAGCUUUGGCCUUUGAAGCCCCCCGGUUGACCAUGGACCCAUUCAACGUCCGAUCCAGGAGAUCCUGCCAAUUCACCCGGAGUAUGGCCGCUCUGCUGUCUGCCGUGUAAUUAUCGCCUUGAGCGGUCCAUGUGUAAUGUCGUCUAGCCACGUAGAUUGCAUCGUCGUAUUAGUUCAAAAAGUAUCAUCAACCGUGAUGGAGAGAAAGAACGUAAUGGCUAAUUUCUCUCGGCUGGAAAUAGUAGCGGGUGGCAAUUCCCUCCCCCUGAUAUCUCUCAAUACCAAUGAAGUGUGUCUUGGUUUGAUCCGAGUUGAUUCAGAAUGGGUCGUGCAAGGUUGAAAGA